CCUGUGUUCUAGGAAGCCAUCACAUUAAGGUUAUUCCCUACUCUGGUUAUUAAACGGCUCUGAACUUGUCAAUCAAGUCAAGCACAAGCAGUCAAAAAUGUAUGCUAAUUAUAGUCCUAGCGAAGAAGUUAAAUGUAGGAUGAUGGCCAGGAUGAUGAACUCGAACGAUUCAGGAUUGGAACGAGGAUAUGGAAACGACUACCAGAUCACAAAGCGUACAUACUUCCAACAGCCAUAUUCCUAUACUCACUCAGUGAGCACAGAGAGAACCCCACAUGUGAGAAACAGGAAGUGGAAUGGGGGUUCCAAGACGUUCCAGAAAAGACCUUAUUCUCGGAGGAAUGGUUCCAGGUGUGCUUCAUUAGAAGACACCAUACAAAGAGGAAAAGAAAGGAAUACAUCUGCUCUGCAUGACACAAGUUGCAGAACUACACAAGGUGACACUUCAACAGCACACAAAAUCCCAAGCUGUUUGUUAAAGAUGAUUGUGAUUGACCUACAACCAUUGUCCAUUGUUGAAGACGAAGGUAUGUGCGCUGUUAUGAGGGCCAUUGAGCCCACACCGGCAAUUUCACGAGUGACAUCCAAAGACCUACGCUUACAACUUCUUCAAAUGUAUAAAGAGACUAAAGAGAUGGUGAAAAAAGAAUUGGCUUCAUCAGAUGACAUUUCGUUGACAUCAGAAUUGUGGGUUUCAAGAGCUGAAGUAUCUUUUGUGACGGUGACCUGUCACUAUCUAGGCAAAGACUGGCAUCUGAAGUCCCAUGUGUUAGAAACAGCCAAUUUACCUGAUGAACAUACUCCAAAAAACAUAGUGGACCAGAUGCUGAAAACCGCAAAAGCAUGGGGCAUUAAAGACAAAAUCCAUACCGUUGUCAUGGAAGGAGGAACAACCAUGAAGGAUGAAGUCUCAAAAGCUGGAUGGACACACAUCUCUUGUCUUGCUUAUACUUUGGACUUGGUGUUCAAGGACGUCCUAGAACAAUAUCCUGGACUUAAAACUCUGCUGAAAAAGUCCCAGAAUGUUGUGAGGUUCUUCCACUGUGACAUCAAGGCAGAACACAAACUCAAGGAGUACCAACUGAAGCUAAAGUUGCCUGAAAGUGUACUGAUCCAGUCUGUUGGUAACGGUUGGCUCUCUUCACUCAACAUGCUGGAGCGAUUUGUAGAACAGCACCAGGCCAUUGCAGCUGUGCUCCUUCAGAGGCUUGAGUACAACCUAUGGCUUGCAGACGAAGACAUAAAGACAAUCAGCGAUGUCAUAGCCGCACUUCAGCCUUUCAAAAAGGCAACAAAAGAAAUGCCAAGAGCGGGAUAUGAAUCCAUAUCAUUUAUCAUUCCACUUAUGAACAGAUGUCAGAGAGACAUCGAAAAGUUGGCACAAAACGGUAACGAGGUAGCAUUCGGUCUGGCCAAAAUGUGUGAAUGGCAUUUUUGCAAUGUCAAGCUCAACCGCUGGCUUACAGUUAGCACAGUCCUGGACCCAAGAUUCAAGAAGCUCCUACUCUCUGAUGAUAACAAAGUCCAGUUAUCCAGAAGACAAAUCCUCAAAGCAAUGGAUGACAUCAGCACAAGUGCAGUGUCUGCUCCAGUUGGUUCUGGCAAACAAUCACACUUUGAUUGUGACUUUAUGAGGUAUGUCAAAGAGAGACCCAUCACAAUGUUUCAGAGCCCCCUGAAAUGGUGGAGGGUCAACAAAGACUUAGUGGAUCUAAAAAGGAUUGCACAUAAAUACCUUGGCGUUGUUUGCACAGCAAUACCACUGGAGAGAGUUUUUGCCAAAGAAGAGAGCGAUGUCUUCUGUAACAGGCGAAGCUGCUUAGAAACGGAAAAUGUCAAUAUGGUACUAUUUCUAAACAGCAACUGUUCUACAACAAUGUAGCAACCCACUGGGAAAAAAACUAGUUGAAUCAACGUUGUCUCCAUGUCAUUUCAACCCCAAAAAAUCUAUGUGAUGACGUUGAAUCAAAGCGGAAAACUGAUUGGAUGAUGUCAUUUUAUUUAUUUUUUUACCCAAUUUUUAACCUUAAUCCAAUGGCAUGGUGAAUGUAUUUGUUGAUUUCACUUUAGUUGACAAAUGUAAAUCA